AUGAAUGCAUUGCAAACAUUAUAUCCGUAUGUGGCAAAGGCAGACGCCGAGUUUGUGAGAUUGUUAUCUCAACACUCUUUCACAAAGACUCUCAUACAGAAUUGCAUUUCAAAAUCGAUUACAGAGUGCUUAUUUCUCAUGUUCGUUGUUCUUUUCUGGUACGAAGUUCUUUACUGGUCGGGAAUAUAUAUUGGCUUGUGGGAAUAUCAUGCCAAAGACAUUUUCAAAGAAGUUCCUGUUCAUUGUGCUCAUGUCUACGUGCGGUUAAACGUCGUGAAGAAAAGUGAUAUGGAGAAAGUCCGAGUGUACUACCAGCUCAAGAGAGAGUCCCCCUUCAAUAUUCUCAACUGGAAAACGCUCAACGAAAAAGGAAAUGAAAUUUUUGAACUUAAUAAAUUUGUGAAGUAUCACUUUGAGUUUAGUCCCGAAGACUUCGAAAACAACCCAGACCCAGAGCUUGGAUCCACAAUCGAGCACCUUCGUGAAAAAGUACUUGAUACAUUUCUUCGCUCGUCGAUACACGAAAAGUUCUACCUGGAAAGAAAAGAUGUCAAUCCCAAUGAUGUUUUGGUUUUCAACAACAAGACGCAAGAGGUCGAACCCGACAGCAACAGAGCUUAUUUGAGUAAAGUUCAUAUUGAGACAGGGAACAUCAUCGACAGUAUUAUUCUUAUCUAA